AUGGCCAGCGCCGCCGUCACCUCGAUCAAGCCCAACGGGCCCCUCCCCAGCGCCCAGUCGUCGGAGAGCACGGGCGAGCUGCCGCGACCCUACAAGUGCCCCCUCUGCGACAAGGCCUUCCACCGGCUCGAGCACCAGACGAGGCACAUCCGCACGCACACGGGCGAGAAGCCGCACGCCUGCCAGUUCCCCGGCUGCAGCAAAAAGUUCUCCCGCUCCGACGAGCUGACGCGGCACUCGCGCAUCCACAACAACCCCAACGCGAGACGCGGCCAGAAGGGGCACAACCACCACCAGCAGCUUCACCACCACCACCACCACCACCAGGGCCUGCCUCCGCACAUGCACGCCGAGGGCAUCAUGGCGCCGCCGCCGGCCCCCAAGACGAUCCGCUCGGCGCCCACGUCGGCCUUGGUCUCGCCCAACGUCUCGCCGCCGCACUCGUACGCGUCCUUUGCCCACCACCACCACGCGCACUCGAGCAUGCACGGGUACAACCGCGGCGGCGACAUUUCCAUGCUCGCCAAGGCGGCCACGCAGGUCGAGCGCGAGACGCUCGCGGCCCCGGCCAACCACCACCACCACGGCUCGAGGCACCACCCCUACUUCCCCCACGCCCUGCCGACGCCGAGGAUCCACCUGGGCGGCCUCUCGUCGUACCACAUGUCCCGAUCCCACUCGGGCGACGACCACGGCGACGACCACUACAGCGGCGCCCUGCGACACGUGAAGCGGUCGAGGCCGAACUCGCCCAACUCGACGGCCCCCUCGUCGCCCACCUUCUCGCACGACUCGCUAUCGCCCACGCCCGACCACACGCCCAUCGCGACGCCGGCGCACUCGCCGAGGCUGCGGCCCUUUUCGGGCUACGAGCUGCCGACGCUGCGAAACCUGUCGCUGCACCACAACACGACGCCGGCGCUGGCCCCCAUGGAGCCCCAUCUGGACGCCCCCCCCUUCCCGCCGACGCUCGGAGGGGGAGGCAACGUGUCCCGCGGCGCCGGCCUGUCCCUGACGGACAUCAUCAGCCGCCCGGACGGCAGCCAGCGCAAGCUGCCGGUGCCGCAGGUGCCCAAGGUGGCGGUGCAGGAUCUGCUCUCGGACAACGGAUUCGGCAACAGCGGCAGGAGCUCGGCGACGGGCAGCCUCGCGGGGGGGGAUCUCGUGGACCGCGUCUAG